CCACACCCUAUACAUCUAAUCCCAUAAAUCCCCUAGCUUUUAGUCUCUACCACAAGUCCACAACCUCUUCAACCAGCAUUAUGGCUUCGACACCUCUAUCUCUCAUUCUCAUUACCCUCAAUAUCCAACUUCUCCUCCUCUCACUUCAAACUCAAGCCCAAACCUCAGCCCCAGCACCAUCUCCGUCAGGCCCUCUCAACCUCACAGCAAUCCUCGAAAAAAAUGGCCAAUACAGUACCUUAAUUCGCCUCCUCCAGGAGACCCAAACAGACACCCAAAUCGCGAACCAGCUCAACAACUCUGCUCAAGGCCUGUCUGUCUUUGCACCCACUGACAAUGCCUUCAACAACCUCCCAUCUGGUGCCUUAAAUGGCCUCACAAACCAGAACAAAGUCUUACUUAUUCAAUACCAUAUUACACCUAAAUACUACAGCCUAACUAAUCUCCUAACGGUUAGCAAUCCAGUUCCUACCCAAGCCUCAGGCGCAAAUGGCAAUUGGGGGCUUAACUUUACAGGCCAAGGCAACCAAGUGAAUGUAUCAACAGGGAUCGAUUCGACACAAAUCAACAAUGCACUAAGGCAACAACCUCCAUUGGCGGUUUACCAAGUGGACAAGGUAUUGUUGCCUGAGGAAUUGUUUGGAGCUAAGUCUCCAGCUUCAUCUCCAACAGAGGCGAAAGCCCCAUCAAGCAGCUCGAAUAAUUCAACAAACACCUCAGCACCUUCCCCUGGUACAAGUGCAGGAGGGAGAAACGUGUUAGGUUUGGGUUUGACUCUUGGGCUAGGGUUGGCUUGCAUGGGGGCUUUCUCUUGAGAAUAAGUGUUGGGAAUGUCUCUUUUUCUUUUUUUUUGGUUUAAUUUGGAAUUACCAUGUAUAUCUACAUUCAUGUUAUUUCUAUUUCUUUCUCUCUCUCUUUUUUUAUUUUUUUUUUUUGGCUUUUGUUUUUUGCAUUUUUUUAAUUGUAACGUGAGUUUGUUGUCAUAUGUUUCCACUUUUUGGUU